AUGCAGACCUCCAUUGUUAUCCUGUUGUUUGCCAGCGUGUUGGCAAUCGGUACUGCUGCUCCCCGCCCCGGUGCAGAAGAAAAGGACGCCCAGGUGCUGAAGUACGACAACGAUCACAACGGAAUCGAUGGAUAUAACUUCCAGUUUGACACGAGCAACGGUAUCCAGCGACAGGAGCAGGCUCAGCUGAAGCAGUUUGACGAUGAAAACUCAGCGCUGGUGGUGCGUGGAUCGUACUCGUUUACGGCCGAUGAUGGGCAGGUGUACACGGUCAACUAUAUUGCCGAUGAGAACGGAUUCCAGCCCGAGGCUCCUCAUCUACCGAAGUAA